CCCCACCACACCGCCAUGAGCGCGGCGGACAAGGUCAAGCCGGCGGCCAGCCCCGCGGCGGAGGACCCCGCCGCCAUCGCCGGCAACAUCUCCUUCCACGCGCAGUACAGCCCCCACUUCUCGCCGCUCACCUUCGGCCCGGAGCCGGCAUACUUCGCCACCGCCGAGAGCGUCCGCGACCACCUCCUCCAGAGAUGGAACGACACGUACCUGCAUUUCCACAAGACGGAUCCCAAGCAGACCUACUACCUGUCCAUGGAGUACCUGCAGGGCCGCGCGCUCACCAACGCCGUCGGCAACCUCAACAUCACCGGCGCAUACGCCGAGGCCGUCAAGAAGUUCGGCUACGAGCUCGAGGCGCUCGCCGGACAGGAGAGAGAUAUGGCUCUCGGAAAUGGUGGCUUGGGUAGGCUUGCAGCCUGCUUUUUGGAUUCAAUGGCAACAUUGAAUUUGCCUGCUUGGGGCUAUGGCCUCCGUUACCGCUAUGGCCUGUUCAAGCAGCGCAUUACCAAGGAAGGCCAGGAAGAAGUCGCUGAAGAUUGGCUUGAGAAGUUCAGCCCAUGGGAGAUUGUCAGGCAUGACAUUGUAUACCCAGUCAGAUUCUUUGGCCACGUUGAGAUUUCACCAGAUGGAAAGCGGAAAGCGGUUGGAGGAGAAGUUCUGAAUGCUUUAGCCUAUGAUGUGCCAAUUCCUGGGUACAAGACUAAAAAUGCCAUCAGUCUUCGUCUUUGGGAUGCAAAAGCUAGUGCUGAGGACUUCAACUUAUUUCAAUUCAAUGAUGGCCAGUAUGAGUCAGCUGCUCAACUUCAUUCGAGGGCACAACAGAUCUGUGCUGUUCUCUAUCCUGGUGAUGCUACAGAAGAGGGAAAGCUUCUGAGAUUAAAGCAGCAGUUUUUCCUGUGCAGCGCAUCACUUCAGGAUAUUAUUUUCAGAUUUAAAGAAAGGAAACCUGACAGAGCUUCAGGGAAGUGGAGUGAGUUCCCCUCCAAAGUUGCUGUUCAAAUGAAUGACACUCACCCAACUCUAGCCAUCCCUGAGCUAAUGAGGAUUCUUAUGGAUGAGGAGGGACUUGGUUGGGAUGAAGCUUGGGAUGUCACAAACAAAACGGUUGCUUACACCAAUCAUACAGUUCUUCCUGAAGCUCUUGAGAAAUGGUCACAAGCUGUAAUGAGGAAAUUGCUUCCACGACAAAUGGAAAUUAUUGAGGAAAUUGACAAGCGGUUCAGAGAACUGGUGAUCUCCACCCGGAAGGAUAUGGAGGGAAAGCUCGAUUCGAUGAGUGUGUUAGAUAACUCUCCCCAGAAGCCAGUGGUGCGGAUGGCGAAUUUGUGUGUAGUGGCUGCACACACGGUGAAUGGAGUGGCCGAGUUACACAGCAACAUUUUGAAGGAAGAGCUGUUCGCAGAUUAUCUGUCUAUUUGGCCCAACAAAUUCCAGAACAAAACCAACGGAAUUACACCCCGUAGAUGGCUCCGUUUCUGCAACCCUGAGUUGAGUGAAAUAGUCACGAAAUGGCUAAAAACAGACCAGUGGACUAGCAACCUUGAUCUUCUUACCGGACUUCGGAAAUUCGCAGAUGAUGAAAAACUUCACGCUGAGUGGGCAGCAGCCAAGUUGGCCAGCAAGAAGCGCCUAGCCAAGCAUGUGUUGGAUGUGACAGGUGUUACAAUUGACCCAAACAGCCUUUUCGAUAUACAAAUUAAGCGCAUCCAUGAAUACAAAAGACAGCUGAUGAACAUCUUGGGAGCUGUGUACAGAUACAAGAAAUUAAAGGAAAUGAGCGCAGAAGAGAAGCAGAAGGUUACACCACGCACUGUCAUGGUAGGAGGGAAGGCAUUUGCAACAUACACCAACGCUAAAAGAAUAGUGAAAUUGGUAACCGAUGUUGGCGCUGUGGUGAACAAUGAUCCUGACGUUAACAAAUAUCUGAAGGUGGUGUUCAUUCCAAAUUACAAUGUCUCGGUGGCUGAAGUGCUCAUUCCUGGCAGUGAACUGUCGCAGCAUAUUAGUACUGCAGGCAUGGAAGCAAGUGGAACAAGUAACAUGAAGUUCUCACUGAAUGGCUGCGUUAUCAUUGGAACUCUUGAUGGAGCCAAUGUUGAAAUCAGAGAAGAAGUUGGACAAGACAACUUCUUCCUUUUCGGUGCCAAAGCAGAUCAGGUUGCUGGUCUGAGGAAGGAAAGAGAAAAUGGCCUGUUCAAACCAGACCCACGCUUUGAAGAAGCCAAGCAGUUCGUCAGGAGUGGUGCUUUUGGUACCUAUGACUAUACUCCUCUCUUGGAUUCCCUCGAAGGGAACUCUGGAUUUGGGCGUGGUGAUUACUUCCUUGUUGGCUAUGACUUCCCAAGCUACAUUGAUGCACAGGCCCGUGUCGAUGAAGCCUACAAGGACAAGAAGAGAUGGAUCAAGAUGUCUAUCCUGAACACAGCUGGAAGUGGCAAGUUCAGCAGCGACCGUACCAUUGCCCAGUACGCAAAGGAGAUCUGGGGCAUCACUGCUAGCCCUGUUCCAUGAAGAGAAGAUGCAAUGGCGAUGGAGUUCGCUGGAUGCUAAUGCUCGGCAAUAAUAAGGAUUUAUUACGAUCCACAGUGCCCGAAUAACCUCCCCCUGCUUCCGUUGUAGCUGAGAAGAGAGAAGCAACGUACGAAGCUUGUUGUGUUGCGUAUCCCUACACUUUUGAAGUGCACAGAGGAUGCAACUGUUGUUUUGUUCUGUUAUGUUUUUGGUCUGUAACAAUACUAUCUUAUGAUCUGUACCGGGAUCUUCUGGUUAUCAAUAAAACAAUUCGAGUUUUGGUCA